AUGACGCACUACUCGACGAUAGCCGAUGCCACUUCUUCUCGCGCAGGUGGAGGUGAUACAAUGAGGUCUCGAAGACGAGGUAGAAAGGACAUCCGCCACGGCGGUGGCCAGGCGUCCAUGGUCAGCAGCGUCGUCAAUCUUUUGAAUACCAUUGUUGGAGCUGGUACUCUUGCAAUGCCAUCGAUAUUAUCCCAUAUGGGAAUCAUGCUCGGAACCCUUCUCAUUGUCUGGUCCGGUUGUAUGGCAGCGUUCGGACUCUAUCUCCAGUCGAAAUGCGCCCGAUAUCUUGAUCGCGGAACCUCCUCGUUUUUCGCCUUGUCGCAGAUUACAUACCCGAAUGCCGCGGUUCUCUUCGAUCUCGCAAUCGCCGUCAAAUGCUUUGGUGUCGGUGUUUCUUAUAUGAUUAUCAUUGGCGACUUGAUGCCUGGCGUGGUGCUCGGAUUCAACGACCAAGCCAACGGUUAUCCGUAUCUCGUUGACCGUCAUUUCUGGAUCACGGCAUUCAUGCUUCUGGUCAUCCCUUUGGCAUUCUUGCGGAGACUUGACUCGCUCAAGUACACCAGUCUCAUCGCGCUUGUGUCCAUAGGCUACCUGAUUGUGCUCGUCAUCUAUCACUUCGCUGUAGAUCCUCAUGCGAGCCCCGAGGAUAUCCGCGUUAUCAAGUGGGCAGGGCCCAUACAGACGUUGAGUGCUUUGCCUGUUGUUGUGUUCGCAUACACAUGCCAUCAGAAUAUGUUCUCCAUUAUGAACGAGAUCAAAGACAACUCACCUUCCAGUAUUACACGCGUAAUUGGGUCCAGUAUUGGACUUGCGGCUGUCAUUUACAUAGUCGUCUCGAUCGCUGGCUACAUUACUUUUGGCAAUGCCAUUGUGGCAAAUAUUAUUUCAAUGUAUCCAACUGGCGUUGCUUCCACCAUCGGAAAAGCGGCCAUCGUCGUUCUUGUUCUAUUUUCCAUCCCUCUUCAAGUUCACCCAUGCCGUGCAUCUUUGGAUGCUGUCAUGAAGUGGCGCCCCAACCGAGGGCCGACUCUAGCUCCUGUCCGCCCAGCGUCGCCGCUACUUCAUGCACCAGCCACGCGAAGUGAUCAUGGUGGUCAAGCCGCCAUGUCAGACGGUCGUUUCGCGCUUCUCACCACGGUCAUUUUGAUCCUCUCGUAUAUCACCGCACUCUCGGUCUCCAGUCUUGACCGCGUUCUAGCCUUUGUUGGAAGCACAGGCUCUACAUCGAUUAGCUUUAUCCUUCCCGGUCUAUUUUAUUAUAAAAUUAGCGACCCGGAGAGCAUCCACCACCAACGGCUCAUCAAGGAAGAUGAUGAUAUUGACGAAGUCAGCGAUUCCGAGAUCGCUGACUCCGCCGUCACAGUCGCUGGAAGUACAGCUAGCUUACUAUCGGCCUCAGAAACCGGUACGACACUCACUAAUAACUGGCGAUGGCGAAGGAAGUGGCGAUGGGAUCUGGAGCACAUUGAUCAAGGCCUCCUUCGCAAACUCAGUCUCAGUCUGGCAGUGUAUGGCAUUAUUGUCAUGACAGUGUGCUUGAUUCUGAACAUCUUCUUCGUGCACAGAACCUAA